CUCCAAUAGAAGAUCAUGUUGGUAUCCGUGUGAGCGUAACAAGGAGUUAUCAAAAUCAAGGACCGCCAGGAGCUCUUUCAGCACCUACUUCACCUGCUCUUGAGUUCACCUCAACGCCCUAUGUCAGUACUAGCCUAGACCACAACUACCACAUAGGAAGGGAGCAGUUUGUCGAAGCCACAACGUCAGUGCCACUACAAGGUGCUGGUGAUCAUGUUGAAGAGCGG